AUGGAUCCUCAAAGUAAACUACAACUAAGGAUCCUCUAUUGGAUCUUAUUACUUGUUUGUGUUACUAAUACUCUUCCAAUCAAAGCUUUGGAAGCAAGGAAGCUAGUUGAGAAGUGCACACCAUGUGGUGACAAUCCAAUAUCAUCACCACCUCCAAUAAUAUACAAUUCACCACCACCAAUUGUGUAUUAUCCAUCACCACCACCACCAUCUCCACCACCUCCAAUAGUAUACUACUCUCCACCACCACCUUCUCCGAAGAAAUCACCCUCGUCGAAUUGUCCUCCACCACCAUCGGCGCCAUACAUAUACAUGACUGGACCACCAGGGAACUUGUAUCCAGUUGAUGUGAAUUACAGUGGUUCAGGAGCAACUCCAGCCGGCCGUGGAAGCUUUGCCGGAUUCUUGCCACUUUUGGUUUGCUUGUUGAGCUUUCUAGCCUUUUGGUGA